AUGCAGCAGCAGCAGCAGCAGCAGGUGGAGCAGCAGCAGCAGCAGCAGGAGGUGGAGCAGCAGCAGGUGGAGCAACAGCAGCAGCAGCAGCAGCAACAGCAGCAGCAGCAGCAGCAACAGCAGCAGCAGCGGCAACACCAGCAGCAGCAGCGGCAAAAGCAGCAACAGCAGCAGCAGCAGCAGCAGCAACAGCAGCAGUAG